UUUCGGUGCCACUGCAGCCAGUUGAUGUCCAGAUAGCAGACCGAGCAGUCGAUGGAUAGAAACUUCUUUGCGUUCACGCUGCCAAAAAGAUUGCAAAGACAAAACGUCGUACGUGCUUCGCUGUUGGAUAAUUUUUUACCUACUCGACGCCCUGAAUUUUGCUCGGUUACUUCACUUCAAGUGAAAUUACUUGUGAUCGACCAUCAUGUCGUUUAAGAAGCAAAAUUGGGGCUGGAUGCGGCACGUUCUAACCGCACUCUCCAUUCUCAUCUUUUUCCUCGGAUGUAUCGUUAUCGGUUACAUGGCCUGGGUUUUGGCUACAUCGACGACAGUCAAUCGUUUCCUGUCCGGAACUUUGAUUUUUACGUAUACGGUGAUCGCUUUGGGAUUUUUUUUGUUCGUCAACGGGCUAAUCGGCUGGGUCGGUACAGUCAGCCAAAGUAUAUGGCUAGUUCGUUUGUUCCUCGGUGCUUCAGUGCUUUGUAUCCUCGGAGAAAUCGGCGGCAUCAUCACUCUGAAUAUCGUCCGAAUUCAGACGGUGGACGUGGUGGAGCACGGUUGGCUGGAGCUCAAUCAAGGCACCCGCAAUAUGAUCCAAUCUAGCAUGGAAUGCUGCGGAUUCUCCGGACCGCAAGAGUUCGCUUAUUCCACUCUGCCCAUCGAUGAUUCGUGCUACGAGCCGCAUUCCGACAACAGCACGGAUGAUGAUGGCAGCGCGAUAGCACGGGCAGACUGGGACGAGACUACCUUCACUACUCCUCACAUGCGUCUCAAACAGAUUGGUUGCGGACAGAAACUCCACAAUUGGUUUGAAGAGAACAAGGUGGGUUGGGUUGCCGGUUUAGCCACAAUAGGAGCCGUCGAGUUCAUGGCAGCAGCCGUUGCUCUCUUCAUCUUGCGUCGACUGCAGACAAGCUUACGCCCACGAACUCUGUCACGUCGACGUUUACGCCAACACGAGACUGACAUGGCCAAUGAUCCCCUACCUUCUGAACUGCCUUAAGAUAUUUGUUUGCGUACAUUAGGACAUGCCAUAGCCACUCUCAUUCUGAAAAGUGCCGACCAAUUUUUCUAUAUUUUUGCUAUUUUUCCUAGAGGGCAGCAUGUCACAUGACGCAACUGUGUCGGCCAAUCUGAUUGGCCUAUUACUAUUAUAUUUAUGAGACUAUAUUAAAACAGACAAAGAGAGAUAGAGACACGAUAGGAAGAAAGAGACGGAAAUCAACCGUUGAAAGGAGAGGACGAUGCAGUUAAACAGCAAUUGACCACGCGGAAUGCUUUGUUUGUUUUGGAGGUGAAACAGUCCUUCAAUUUCCGGCAGUUGCACUGCAAUUUGACGUGUCCGACGCAGCAAUUGUACACUUAUCUUGUGCCCAUCAAUACAGCUGUCACGAGAAUCAUAGUAAAUAAACACGAAAAAUGAACAA